AUUUUCUGUAAGCAACGGCAAUGACAAAUUCAAGCUCUGAUGUUGCUUUACCAAACCUCAGCGAGUUUCUGCAGGCGGAUCCGUAUAUAAGACAGUACGAGGGAGAACUUCACAGAAGAUAUAGGCGGUAUGCUGAGCGUGUGGCACUGUUGGAGGAGGCAGAAGGGAACUUUGAUCAGUUCACGUGGAGCUACCAAUUCUAUGGAAUCCAGCGCCAAUCCGACAAUAGCCUGCUCCUUAGGGAAUGGGCACCAGGAGCAGAGGCCGUCUUCCUAACUGGGGAUUUCAACCUCUGGGAGAAGCUGUCUUACCCUUUCACACAGAAAGAGUUUGGGAAGUGGGAACUGUACCUCCCUCCAAAGGAGGACAAAUCUCCUGCAAUAGUGCACAUGACCAAGCUCAAGCUUGUGAUCCUGACUAAAAAAGGUGAAUAUCUUUUUCGGAUCUCUCCUUGGGCAAAAUAUGUCACAAAAAGUUUGGAUUCUGUCACCUAUGACUGGACUCACUGGGACCCUCCACAACCAUACCAGUUUCAACACCCGAGACCCCCUCGUCCCGGCAGCCUUCGUAUCUACGAGGCCCAUGUGGGCAUCGCCUCGCCUGAGGAAAAGAUUGCCUCGUACAAUAACUUCUCCCAAAAUGUGCUACCUCGCAUUAAGGAUCUGGGAUACAACUGUGUUCAGCUCAUGGCAAUCAUGGAACAUGCCUACUAUGCAAGCUUUGGCUAUCAAGUCACUAACUUCUUUGCCGCAUCCAGUCGGUUUGGCAUUCCUGAUGAUCUGAAGCAUCUGGUUGAUACUGCACACUCUAUGGGCAUCAUAGUUCUGCUGGAUGUGGUCCACAGUCAUGCCUCCAGCAACACUGAAGAUGGGCUGAACUACUUUGACGGGACAGACUCCUGCUUCUUUCACGGUGGCUCCAGAGGGAACCACUCACUCUGGGGCAGUCGAAUAUUCAAUUACUCCAGCUGGGAGGUGGUGCGGUUCCUACUCUCCAACCUGCGCUGGUGGAUGGAGGAUUACCAAUUUGAUGGCUUCAGGUUUGAUGGUGUGACUUCUAUGCUGUACCACCACCAUGGCAUUGACAUGUCUUUUUCGGGGAGCUACAGAGAAUAUUUCGGCAUGCAUGUGGAUGAAGACGCACUCAUAUAUCUGAUGCUGGCCAAUCAUAUUCUGCACAAGUUCUACCCACUGUGCAUCACUGUAGCAGAGGAUGUAUCAGGGAUGCCAGGCCUGUGCAGGUCCAUUGAAGAGGGAGGACUGGGCUUUGAUUAUCGUCUGACCAUGGCCGUUCCAGACAAAUGGAUUCAGAUCCUGAAGGAAGUUAGGGAUGAGGACUGGGAAUUAGGGACCAUUGUUAACACCCUGACGAACAGAAGGAGAGGGGAAGCCUCAAUCACAUAUACUGAGAGCCACGACCAGGCAUUGGUUGGAGACAAGUCUCUGGCCUUCUGGCUGAUGGACAAGGAGAUGUACACCAACAUGAGCGCUCUCAUUACCAUGACACCUGUCAUAGAUCGUGGCAUCCAGCUCCAUAAACUCAUCCGUCUCCUCACUCACAGCCUGGGAGGGGAGGGCUACCUCAACUUCAUGUGUAAUGAGUUUGGCCAUCCAGAAUGGCUUGACUUUCCCAGAAAAGGAAAUAACGAGAGCUACUAUUAUGCCCGUCGCCAGUUCAACCUUGUGGACAUUGAGCAUCUGCGAUACCGACAACUAUACGCUUUUGACCGUGACAUGAAUCUCACAGAAGACAUAUACGGCUGGCUGGCUGCCAGUCAGGCAGUGGUCACAACUCUAAAUCAAGCUGAUAAGGUCAUCGUAUUCGAACGAGCAAAACUUCUGUUUAUCUUUAACUUCCAUCCCAGCAGCAGCUACAUCGACUACAGGGUGGCAGUGGAGCAUGCUGGGAAAUAUAAGAUCAAACUGAACUCGGAUGAGCUGCAGUAUGGAGGUCAUGGGAGACUCAUUCAGAACACUGAGUUCUUCACAGAGCCUAUGCCUUUCAACAACCGAUCCCACUCGUUUCUGUAUUUCAAGGUUCUGUAUGUGUAUAUGAUAUAA